AUUUCAGCCCUCAAGGAGAUGCCAGCGCCAUCAAACCAGGCAAAUGAAACAUGCAUUGAUCUUGAAAUUACUGGAAACUUAAUAGGAGCCAGUGAUUUACUCACCUUGAUAAAUCUCAGCGGAUUCACAGUCAGGCGAUUUCUGGUAACUGAAAAUAAUUUCACAGACUACACAGCAAUGCUAGAAGGAUUGGCUACGACUUUCAAGGAAGCAAGUAAAGUUGAAAUGCACUUACUUAUUGAUGAAGAUAUUUCCACCAUCAGCAGACUGAUAACAGAAAUAAAGAAGAAACGUCUUCAUAUUUACACUUUCCAAGUGAGAGAUUUUGAAAUAAACGAUUCUAACAUCACUCUCUGCCUCCUGAUCCUGAGGUCUUUGUCUCCACAAUGCCGAAAGAACAAAAAGCCCAGUGCUAAAAUUGCCAUCAAGGAAGGUGUAAGAAUCAGUCAUGACUUUCUUCAACUUAUCAGGAUCUAUGAAAUUAAUGUGGAGAGCAUCUUAAUAACAGACUCAAACAUUGAGAGAUAUGUUAAUGUACUGUCACAUCUUUUGGAACCCUUGAAAGAUGCCAGCAAUGUGAACAUAGAUAUAGAGGUGACAACCAGUCUGCCUGAUAUACAAGAGAUUCUGAUAUUGACCAGACUUUAUGGUUUUUGCUUGAGAAAAAUGCAUAUGAAGGGGAGGUUUAUGUGUACAUAGAUGAGAUGACCACAAUUACUGACACCAUUCGUUGUGAAUUAGCAAGAAAUGAAUUCAAGGUUGUCCUAAACCUAUACCACGACUUCAAGAACCCUACGGCACCAACAACAUCCACUGACGUGCUAAACGCUCUCUUCGAAAAGUGUCGAGUAGAGAAGUAUGUUGGGAGGAUGUCAGGAGACCUGCGGCUUCCUCAGACACAAGACACACUGUGGGCAAGUGUUCCUGAUACUUUUGCCUACUUUCAACUCCAUCGCUUUCUUAGGCCUGACCGUCUGCUGGAUGCUUUGUGUGUCAGUGUCAGUCUUAAUUUGGACCCAAAGAAAAUUAUUCCACUAAAAAAUGACCUGAUGUACCAUCUUAGCCUUUGCUUCCCUGGGGUGAUCUCUGAGGAGGACGUUCUGAAAGCUACUGAAAUUGCCACGAAGUUCGCGACCACCAGAGAGCUAGACUAUCUCCUGUUCCCACGGCUGAACCUGACGCAAGACAAAGAGGUCGUCUGCUUGGUAUCCAACAUGCGACGUCUGAGAGUUACGGAAGCGAUCAUCCUCCCCAAGUCACUCAAGGAGUCAAAGAAAUUUGAUUCAUUCACCCGGCCCAAGCCACUCGUGAGGUCACAAAAGAAAUCCAUUAAGAAAGAUACGAGUCUCAAUAUUGAAUGUGGGAUGCCUGGCCAUUUAAGACCUGGUGCCCUUCCUGAUGUGGAUUCGUGGUGAAAUGACAGUGCAACUAAGAGGUGCCUGGCUUUGCGGUGUCAUUUAUUCUGGAUUAUGAGUCUGGGUUUCUCCCUUUAAAAGGGUACUCAGCAUUGGAGGAGGUCUUUGGGUAAUGUGACGAUACGUCAGCAUCCAGAAGAUGGCUUUCCAUUAUGUUUUGCUCAAGAAGAUGACUUUGGAUUAUGAUGUUAGGCCCAGAAGAUGACUCUCAUUGACGAUACGUUUUGCCAUGGCAGGUGACAUUAGAAAAUUAUAUAUCUAGCUGGUUGUGUUUAGCUCUGGCAGAUGACCUUGAAAUAUACUGUUAUGUUUACCUGUCCCAGGACCCAAUGGGUAACUUGGAAUCAUAACUAUGUAGAAAUCAUACCAUUUUUAUGGGACAAGACUCUCUUGCGGACACCUAUUCCAACGGGGUACACGUUACUCGGCUAGGAACUAUCGGUCUGUAUAUCAAAUGAUCCUUGGUGAAAACCUUACAAGGAAUACUUAACUGACUGAUUGAUGACAAUA